GUGAGGUAUGGUUUUUUUCUAUAGUUGGUACUGUUGUAUGAGAAAUCGUAUGGACGCCGGGUACUUCGAUUUCCACUCGUUUCAUUGUCUCAGCGUCUGCACCCGUCACUCGUCAGCAUUUAUCAUUGAAAACUGAAUACAUACAAUACCUUGCUGUCUUUAAGCAAUAAGCAUGCUUUCAUUUUUUGUUUAUACUUUUGUUUACUGUUCAACAACGUACCAUUUGUAAAAUCCAUUUUACGUUCACGUUAAUACAAACACUGUUACGAAAUAGGUAACACAACAUUCGAAGAAUACGACGCGUUGCCCAAUACGGAAUUCUUUUGACAUUAAUAUGUCUGUGGUGGAGUCUACACUGCCUUUGCGGCAAUGCAAGAUGUGCAACGUUACCAAGAACCGUACGGAGCUUUUAAAUAUAAUGGAAGUCGGCCCGGAAAAGGAAGAUAUAUCUCAUUUCAUUAAUAUAUUCUACAGAAUAUUACAAGUUAGUGUUAUUGGCUGCACUUUUUUCAACUUAUCGAUCGUAGUCUGGGAACCAUGUUCCCAUCUUUUCCUUUUAAUUUUUUACAUUGGUUUGAGACGGGAACAUCAUAAUUGUUCAUGUGUAUUUAGCAAGGGUGACCAAACGGUUGAUUGUGGACGAUUUCACUGUCGAUCUCCCUUUGUUAGAAUUAUUUUUUUACAUUAUUUUGUAUCUUCAUUCUUAAUAGGCAUUCUCGUUUCGUAUUACAAAUAAUCAUGCGAUUAUUCAUUGUCAGUUUGUCAAGCAAUCAGUUUAAUAAUGUUAUUAUUGACAAUUUUAUUUUUGGUGUAAUUAAUUUAUAGUAUUAUCUAUAUUAGUUCUAACACUUAAGCAGGCGCGUAGGGGUCUAAUUGACCUGCCAAAAAAAACUAAACAAAAAAGCUUUUGUAGGAUAAUGGGGACAGGUGUAGUUAGUGUUGGUGGAAAUUCUGGAAGGUAACAUACAAAACAGAAUUUAAUGCAUAUCUGUAAGCAACGAUAAACCAUUGCUAAUGAAAAAACGAUUCUGUGCAGAGUUCUGUUGAUAGUGAUGUUUGUCUACAAUACAUAUGUAUUUAAUAAUUAAAUAGGCAUUAUAUAUUUUCUUUAAUAAUAUUUGUUUAAUAUUGAUCCAAUUUUUCCAUUGUUCCUAUGGUUUUCACAUUUUUUGAGAAAUUUGGGAAAAUCCCAUAAUGAUAUCUCUAAAGUACUUGCCCUGUCAGAUUUCCUUUUAGAAAAAGUGGUAUCAUUGUAAAUCUGAGCAAAAUUGUUGGUAGAAGUUGUUCACAGAAAAAAAAAAAUUGUGAAACCAUAAGUAUAUAAUAAUAUAACAUAGUUUUAUAUUUAUUUUGUUAUUACAUUUUAUCCAUAUUUACAUAUCAUAUGUUAAUUCAUUAUGUUUUUGAAUUUUAAAAAAAUGAACUUCCUACAAAUAUUUAUCUAUUUCUUAAAAUAGAAGACCCUCACAUUAUUAUGAACACUAAAAACAGUCUCGCGCGUGACGAGUACUUCAAAACAAUUUGUAAAACUAAUAGGAAAUUUUUGUUUUUCAUAAUUCAGAAAGAAAAAUAUAUAUUACAUAUGUCAAACAACAAAUGAAAGUAAUUAAGAACUUUUUUCUCAUAUUUUUAUACUAAAUAAAUCUACUAUCUAAUUCUAACAAAUGGAAAACAUAACAAAAACUUGCUUACAACAGUAGAAAUCGCUAAAUUUUGGUUUUAGAGUUGAAAUUAUUCGAGAAAAAUAUUCCGAAUGUUGAAACAAUGUACCUAUUUUUUUAUUUUUUUUUAUACUAAGUGCUGAUAUCAACAAAAAAUAUUUGUUUUCUGCACUGGGCGUGGACAACUUGUCAUUAUUUUCUUAGUUUUCCCAAUAAUACCAGACUAUACUAUCAUUUAUUCUUGCGCCUCCACAUAGAUAAGACCUCUUACAUUAUUAAUAAAUUUGUCAUUGUUUAAAAUUCCAGCUAUUUUUAUAAUAUUGAUACUUAACCUUUUAGAUCAAAAAAAAGUUUCGCACAGGGGGUCUCCCACUUCAACACAUGCCGCAGUUAACAUGUUAAAUUACAGUAAUUUAAAAAUGUUGAUAUAGUUGUUAUUUCUAAACGAUUUAUGGAGCAUUAUUGUAGGAAUGAUUUUAAAAAAUGCAUCGUCUUGCUCUUCGGAAUUUAUUUUUAUUUUAUAUUAUCUAGGUGCUUUUACUCUAAAAUCAAAAUUAAAUAAGUUCUACUAAAUUUGCUUAAAAAUUACUUUGUAUAAGUGAAGUAGCUACCUAUGAUCAGCUUAAGAUCUUUUUUCUAGUAAAAUUUGAUUUAAUCUAUUUAUGGUUUUAAACAAAAUUGAAAAAUUAAAUCAAAAAUACAUUAUAUUUUUGCCAAUACAUAGUUUGAAUUUUAAUCUUUUUAACAUUUCAUGUUCCUUGAUAACUUCAAUUAUCAAUUAGGGGAAACACCAGAUUGUACUUCUGAUUGAAAGUCAAAGAACACCGAUUUAUUAUAAAAUUUAAAGCGUAACAUAGAACAUUAAAAUAAUUAUUUAAUAAUAUAUGUUAAUCAUGAUAUUUUAAUGUAAUUAUAGUAAUAUUUUUAUUUUCCUAAAUCCUUAUUAUAUUUAAUUAUGAGUGAUUUUUCAUAUAAUUUUAUAUUGAAUUUAUUACAGUUAUACAUUAUUUUCAAAUAAAACUAAACAAUUAAUUAACCAUAUAAUGAACAGGAACAAAUGAAAAAUAAAAAGAUAAAUGGUGAAAACAUCAUAUAAUUAUGAUAACAAAUUUACAUUGUCUUGCGUGCGCACCAUUUAAUUUGUUGAUUGCUAAUCUGAUUCACUAAGUUAUAUUCACUAUAUUGAAUAUAAAAUUACAUUAUUAUUGAAUAAAAUAAAAAAAAAGUGGCCUUAAAUGGUGACUCAACUCUAUAUUACCUAUUGGUUAGACUAAAAUAGUAGAUAUGAUUGUGACAUCUCAUAAUGUCUACAUAGAUGCAUUAUAAUUUUAUUUUGCUUUUCAAAAGAAAAUUAUAAAUUUUUGUGUUGAAUUUUGACAAAUUUGUUGGUAACUAAUUAAAUAUUGGCAAUACUUAGAUUUUAUAAAAGAAAGUAUAAUAUAUAUCAUUGGUUUUCAAACUGUGGCGCGAGCUUUCAAUAGUUGUGCCACGGUCUUUUGAAAUUUUUUUUCUAAAAUUGUAAUAAACUAUCAGUUAUGGUCAUCUGCUCUUUAAGUAUGGAGUCUUAAUUCUUUUAGUUAUGAUUUUUUUGAGUAUGACUCUUCAAUUUUUGUGUAAAAUAUUAAAUAAUGACCAAAAAAAAAUGGUCACAGUGUAUACUGAAAAUGUGAAAAGUGAAGUGUGCUGUGGUAAAUAAAGAAAAUCAUUAAGAUAUAGUGUUGCGAGCAACUAAAGUAAAAAAUAUACUGAUGAAAUUUUUAUAAGCAUCUAUAUUUAUUUAAUAGUAAAAAUAUUCAAAUACUUUUAUUAAAUUCGUAAAAUAGUCAGGUGCUCACAAUAGAUAGUAGAUCUAGACUUGUCAGAAAAUGUGUUGUUGACUGCCCAUAUUUAUAUUCAGACUAGAUUUGCUUACUACAAGCUUUUCAAUGAAAAUAUUGUAUUGUCCUUUAGUAGUCACUGUAGUGACCUUUCACACAAGAGGGCUGUCGCAUUUAUAUCUUUUAAUCAACUUAAGAAAUGUACACAUAGGUAUUAUCUCUCUUCUUUUCUACUAAAGGCCUUGUUAUUGCAAAUCUGGUUCUCCACUCCUGUCUUUUUAACGCCAGUAAUUUCAUAAACAUAUAUUGAGUACAGUUGGCUUUUCUCAUCAUUACUUCUAUACAGUGUGUCCCACCAUGUUCACCCGAUUUUUCGAGAGCUGUUGAUAUUAAAUAUUUUUCAAUUUUUUUUUUUUUUAUCUAUUUCUUUGAGAGGGAUGUCAAUUUGGAAAAGAAUCAAAUUUUUAUUUUCAUCUCCUAAAUAUAAAAAAAAUAAUUUUUAUUUAUUUACUUUACAAAAUUUUCAAAAUAGCCAUUUUGUAAAAGAUAAUAUUUAAACAAUUUUAAUAUAUCAUACAUUCAUAUCUGAUGAAUAGUUUCUUAGUAGAAGUAGUUUUAAUUUCUAGAAAAAUUGUGAAAACAAUUAAUUUGAAUAUUAAUCAAUGUCCCCCUCAAAGACAAACUGAUUGAAAAAAAAAAAAAUUGAAUAAUAUUUAACAUUAUUAGCUCUAGGAAAAUCCGUCAAACAUGGUGGUACAUCCUUUUUCGGUCUGCUUCUACUAUUGUGUCCAUUUAUUCGUCCUUCAAAUACAUUUGUCAUAAACGGGUUGUACCUCAGCAAGUGACCAAACAUUUUUCCGCUUCCUUCUUUUAUAAUGUUUAACAGAAUUUUUUUUUCUCCUACUUUGUUUAUUAUAUCUGUUACUUUUCAUUUCUAUCCAAUUGACUUUUAAUAAUCUCCACGUCCACAUUUUUAUGGCUUCCAACUUCUUCUUGUCCUGUUCAUUGAUGGUUCAUGAUUCACAACCAUAUAGUAGUAUGCUUCAUACAAAGUAUUUCACAACAUUUUUUCUCAUCUUUAUAUUAAGUUUUUUGUUUAUAAGCGACUGCCUUUUCUGCUCAAAUGCUCUUUUUGCCAUAACUAUUAUUUGUCUAAUUUCUAUUGAGCAUCUACUUAUUGCUGGUAAGCAUACUUCCUAGGUAUUUGAAUUGUUUAACUUGUUCAAUUAAGGUAUUAUGUCUAACUUCACUUGGGAAAUUUCUUGCUUUAGUCAUCAUCAUUGUUUUUGUUUUAUUUACAUUUAUUUUCAGUUGAUAUACUCUUGUAAUAUUUUAGUAAGGAUGAUUAAAGAAUUUUGAGUGACUUUUCCUGUCUCUGACAUUAAAGCAAUAUUAUCUGCAAAUCGUAUGCAUUGGAUUUUUUUACUAUUCAUGUUUAUUCCUUUAGAAUUUCUUUUAUACAUGUCUAUGAUUUCUUUUACAAAUAAUAAAUUGAGUAUAUAGGGUGAUAAAAAAACAACCUUGUCUUAUGCACCUCUUUUAAUUUUUGCUGUGGUAUUAUGUUCUCCAACCUCUUUUAAGGUCUCCUGUCUCUUGUAUAAAAGCAUUAUUAAUCAUCUGUUGUAGGUAUUAUAUGUUAAAAUUAUAAUAAUUCUAAAUGCGCACAUAUGUAUUAUAAUGAUACCUAUAAAUUAUUAUUAUUCUAAAUAGAAUCUUUUUUAUUGCUGUGUGUUUCCCUAUUAUGACUAGUAUGUAAUGUAAUUCUAAAAGAUAUUCUUGAGAUUUGUCUGCUGAUUUCAAUAACCCAUUCUCUGGAAUGUAGCCAUGAUAGACUUGCCUUGAACUAACUCCCCUAGAAUCCCCUACAACAUACAUAUUUUAGAUUCUGAGUUGAGCGAGGAAUGUGUUGGUUUUAUAGUGUUUAUUUUUAUUUUUUAUCUGUGAACAAUUUUUCUACCAGAAAUCUUAAUCAACUUUACAAACAUAGCACUUUUUCUGAAAGGAAAUCUAAUUGGAGUGGUACAUGCGUGGGGUCACUUUUUGAUUUUCUCAAAAGUUUUCCCAAUAAAUGGGGAAAAAAUGAAAAAAUAGGUACAAUAUUAAACAAAUAUUAUGAAAAAAAAAAAACUAAUUAUUUUUCCAUAAUAUGACCUAUAUAUUGUUGAUAAAGCAACACUAUCAACCAAACUUCGCUCAGAAUCAUUUUUAGUUUUUAGCAAUGGUUAAUUGUUGAUUACAUAUGCACAUUAAAUUGUCUAUAACAUUGAAUACACCUGUCUCCAUCAUCCUAGGACAGCUUAUUUAUUAUAUUUAUUAAACGGGAUAGAUGACGCCCGUAACCACAUAUUUGUCUAAAUGGAAUAACAAUCAGCGUGUUUCUAAUUAUUAGACUUGAUGAUCAAUUAUUUUAAAAAUCAAAUGUAUUUAUUUUGAUGGUUCUCAGAAACUUCAGAAAUAUCAGGAACACCACAAAAUAUCUUUAUUAUAAGCAUAUACUUUACAUUUUAAUAAUAAUAUAUACAUUUUAGGUACGCAAAGUUGCAUAUUCAGGUGAUUUGUUAUGUUUAAACUGCUUGAAACCCUUUGUGCGGUAUCUAAGAAAAGGAAAACUAUUGUUUGAAUCUCACGAUAAAAUGCAACAAGUAUGUUAACUUUUGUUUUUAUGUAUAGUCUAAUGUGUACAUUUUAUUAAGUUUUAAAAAUACUACGUACUCUACUGUUUCCCAUAUUUAAUUAGCUAUGUAUUUUUUAUUAUCCUAAAUUAUUUCAAAUUAUAUUAACUGAAAUUACAAACAUUCAUCUUAAAUUGAUUUGUUUGAUCUAUUAUGCUAUUAUUAUUGUAACUAAAUAAUUGAAAAAACUAGAGAAAGUAUUGUAUUAUAGUUAUUUAUUAUAGAGUAGAAAAGAACUUAAUAGUUCGCACACAAAACAAACAGACUAGACGGCGACAGAGUCGAGCCGGUUAACCUUAGAUUUAAUAUAAAAUAGUAUCAAAGGGAAUAAUUUGGUAUCUCAGCAAUUAUUAUAAUUCAAACUAUAUAUUUUAUAAUCUAUAGCUAACAAAAAAAGUAAAAUAAAAUAAAUAUAACUUGAUUAUUUAGGAUUUAUUCUUAUAGGUUGAUAUCGAGUUGCAGUAGGGAUCAAAACUUAUAAAGAAAAUUGAGUUUUGGUCAGAUUAUCUUAAUUAGGUAUGUUUUUGAAUCAUAGUAUACAAAAAUGUUUAUUAGUUACAUUUAAAAUACAAAUAAUAUAGAUAAUUAAAAUUAUACUCAAGAUUAAACUGAGUCAUAUUUGUAUAAUACACAUUUCACGAAUGUCAACAAAUCAAUUUUUUUUCCAAAUAUUGUUUGAUUUCAUUUUUAAUAAAUUUCUGACAGACACAAAGUUUUUGUUACUUUCCAAAUCUACUGAAUUGAUUUUAUCAUAUAUUGUAUCAAUUUUAUUGUUUUUGACAAACUUUAAAAAUUAAAAUAUGUUCGGAUGUGGUGUUCGGUUCUUAGUUUUGAAUUUAGAGUUAAAAGCUAUACUUUUUAUUUAAUAAUACUAUAUUAAUAUUUUAACUAUAUUAUAAUGUGUAACUAUCAUAAUAAUUGUAUUUUAAAUGUACCUUAUAAAAGUUUUCAUAACUAUGAUUCAAAAACAUACCUAAUUAAAAUAAUUUGACCUCAACUCUGAUUCUUUUUUUUUUACCCAUUUUAAUCUCUACGGCAAUUCAUCUAUCGCAACCACAACUCGGGCAUUCCCAUUUCUAUGAUAAUGUUGCACAUUUAAUUUUCAUGUAUUAUUUUUAAACUAUUAAUAACUUCUACAAAGUUUCCGUAUGUUAAAAUAAUUUUGUAAAUUAUAGUUUAGAAAUAGUUAGUUUUAAGUUAUAGCAAAGUUAUUGUUUGCUUUCAAAUUGGUUAUGAGUUUAUUUCAAGUAAUUGCAAAUAUUCUAUACCUGUAAUUAAAUUGUAUACUUAAUUUACUUUAUUUUUUGUUUAUAUAUAUAUAAUAGGUUAAAUAUCUUUCUCAGACUGCUUUAUCUGAAUCCCGUUCAAAUAACAACCUCCAUAUAGAAUCGGAUUUUGACCCAAUUGCAGAAUCAUCAUUGGAGGAACAAAUUGCUGGACCAUCUGGGGCAUCAAGUGCAGGCUCAUCUAGGUCACCAAUUACAGACUUUUUAUUGGAACAGAUUGCUGGACCAUCUGGGACAUCAAAUGCAGGCUCAUCUAGGUCACCAAUUACAGACUCUUUAUUGGAAUUGAUUGCUGGACCAUCUGAGAUAUCAAGUGCAGACUCAUACAAUACACCGAUUACAGACUCUUCAUUGGAACAAAUAGCUGGACCAUCUGGGGUAUCAAGUGCAGACUCAUACAAUACACCGAUUACAGACUCUUCAUUGGAACAAAUUGCUGGACCAUCUGGGACAUCAAGUGCAGGCUCAUACAAGACACCAAUUACAGACUCUUUAUCGGAACAGAUUGCUGGACCAUCUGGGACAUCAAAUGCAGGCUCAUACAAGACACCAAUUACAGUCUCUUUAUCGGAACAGAUUCCUGGACCAUCUGGGACAUCAAAUGCAGGCUCAUACAAGACACCAAUUACAGUCUCUUUAUCGGAACAGAUUGCUGGACCAUCUGGGACAUCAAAUGCAGGCUCAUACAAGACACCAAUUACAGACUCUUUAUCGGAACAAAUUCCUGGACCAUCAUUACAUUCAGAGCCAUUUAGGGCAACCAUUGCAAAACCAUCAAUCAAUAGUUCUUUAAAGAGAUUUUCUAAUCCUGAUACUGAUGUAGUAGUGAAUCAAAAAAAAAGAAAAACUAGAAAUUUCAAUAAUACAUGUCCAUUUUGUCAUUCUCAAGAUGUCAAUAAUCGAGAUUUUCAAUUUGACAGUACAACAAAACUAUGUAGUAGACAUUCCCAGCCUUACACAUGUCUUUUAAAGGAUUGUAAAAUUGUGUUUCCAAACAGAGAUGUUUUCAUACCGCAUUACCGUUCUCAUUUGAAACUCACAAAACAGACUUAUUUAUGUCGUACAUGCUUUGCAGUUUUAGGUUGUUCAAGAAAUGUUAAGCGUGACUCUCAUAAGCACCAAGAUAAAUCAAAAUUGUAUUGUUGUUGUUCUGACACAUUUUUAUCAAUGACUGAUUUCGUAUUUCACAAAUUACUAAAUCAUUCUUUGGAAGUUACAGUUAUAAUGAGGCAUGGUCAAAUGAAAGAAUACAGUAAUGGUGAUCGUCCACUAAAUCCUUUGUAUGCUACAACAAUGACAAAAAAUACACAAUGUAAACAAACAAGUAUUCAAUUAUUUACAUGCACUGUAGAGUAUUGUGGUAGAGUGUUUGACACAGUAUCCGCCAAUGUUGAGCAUUUCAGAGAACAUGCUAAAAUACCUGUGACAUGUUCCGUAUGUAGUAUUUGUUUGUUGCAGAGUAAUAUUCCUGAUUUUCAAUUAAAGUGUAACCAUAUAAAUUCUCAAAUAGCAUGUAAGAUUUGUAAUUGUGGUUUUGAGACAUUGCACGAACUAGCAUUGCAUAAGUUUACCAAUCAUUUAUCAGUCAUAUUAUGUGGUCCAGACAAAGUCCAAGGUUGUACGGUUUGUGGUAUAAUAUUUAAAAGAUACGAAAACCCAUUUGACCAUUAUAUUAGUAAGUGUUUUUCAUAUGAAGAUUGGGAUUUGAAAUCUAAUAAAUCAGAAAAAAAUGAACAAUCUUUUGAUUCUGUAACAAAACAAAGUUUUCACGCUAAUUUCAAAUUUGGCGGAAGUUAUAUUUGCAUAGAUUGUGGUGUUAAUUUUUAUUCGUUAAAUUUGUAUCUUGCACAUGUUAAAAAACAUGGUCAAGCAUAUCAUUCAAGGGAUCUUUAUAACAUAAUACUGUGUCCUAUAUGUGACAAAAAUUAUGAUCGAAGUGGCUUUCUGAAUCAUCUUGUGAGUUGCACACGUGGCAUGCAACUUACUGAAAACACUUUUGGAUGUGCACAGUGCCGAAAGAGACUUUUGAUUUCAGAACCCUGGAGAUUCCGUGUUCAUUAUUUGUUUUGUAAGUCAUUUGAAACAAUAAAUGAUGAUAGCGAUAAACCAUGUUAUAAAUGCCUCAAUUGUACUUUUAAAAGCAAUAAUUUAUUAUUAUGUUUAGGGCAUAGUAGUGCGAUUUGUAUUUAUUUUAGAUUGAAAAUGAGGUACUCAAUGAGUAUGGAUGAAGUAAAAAAAGUUGAAAACCGAAAAAAGGAAAUAUUUAAAUAUAGUCAAAUUGAUCUUAAACCUCAAAAUGAAUAUAAGCACUUUUUCAAUCCAAAAUGUUGCAAUCGAAAUAGACAAAAGUUACUUGAUUCAUUUGAGUACUAUUGCAUGUUUUGCAAGAAAGGAUUUUAUUCAGACUUAAUAUUUAAACAACAUUUAAAUGUUCAUGGUUAUUCGUGUAGGCCAUUAAAUAUUGUAUACUGUAGAUACUGUGUGUGUGAUUUUGAUAGCAUUGAUCAUUUUACUUCACAUGCUUCUGGUAUGUCGAUUGAUCUGCCAAUAGAACCAACAAUCCACAGACCAAUUAAAUGUGAAGAAAUAGAUGAUGAAAAUUUAACUACAGAUCUUGAAAUAUCAACUGGAGAUGUUCAAAUACCAACUGAGGAUGUUAAAAUACCAACUGGGGAUGUUCAAAUGUCAACUGGAGAUGUUCAAAUGUCAACUGGAGAUGUUCAAAUAUCAACUGGAGGUACUGAUAUAUUAACACCAAAUGAUAUAAUUACUACUGUAGAAAAGUUUGUAUAUAACUAUUCCAAAAUACCAAAUUAUUCUACUACCGUUUAUUUAGAUUUAUUAAAAGAAUCUGAAGAUUCUGAUGAUGCUGAUACAGGUUCUUUUAAUGAUCUUUUAAUAAAACAUGAACUUUUAGAAGAAGAAAAGGUAUCUCGUAAGAAGAAUCGCGUGAAAUCAGGCAAUGGAAUUGUGGAAUAUACUUUGGAAGAAGAGGAAGAAAUUACUAUCGACGAAGAUCAAAAACCUGAUUUAAGUAGAUUAAAUUGCGAUAGUGACUAAAUUUGUCUGAUUUUUGUUAAAUUUUAGGAUGCCUAUAAAAAUUGUGUAAUUUGAAAUCUAUUGGAUGAAUAUCGCAUUUAAGCCCACUAAAUGGUAUAAAAUGUAUUAUUAUUAUUAUCUUUAUUUUUUCUCUCUCUAUAGAUAAUAUUAGUGUUAGUUAAAUUAGUUAAAUUAGCUAAAUACUUAUAAGCAUAUUACUAUAAGUUUUUUUUUUUAAAUAUAGUUUUAUAAAUAAUAUAAAAAUAUGAUUCACUUUUAAAAAGCACCAAGGGCUAGUUCUACUACUUCAUGUACUACUAUAGUUUAUAUUCAAUUAUAACAUAAUUCAGUGGUUUUUCAAUCUGUGCGUCGUGGCUGCCAGGGGCGUCAAGGUUUAGUAUCAAGGGAGCCGCAUGUAGAGUAAUACAGUAAAUUAAUUUAUAUUAAUUUUUAUAACAUUUGCAUUAUUUGUAAGUCGUUAAUUUGGAUUUCAAAAUCAGAAGAGCUGCGGCCCUAAAAAGAUUGAAAACUACUGAUAUAAUGCAUAUUAUUAUUAUGAUAUUGAUUAUUUCAUUUAUAUAGACUAUAUAGGUGUAUAAUUUAUAAAAAUAACAUUAUAUAGCUAAUUAUAUUUACAUUAUUUACAUGCAUGAUUAAAAUACAUUGUAACAUAAUUAUAAUAUUCAACUUCUACACUUAUUAUACAAAUUUAUAUCUAAUGUAUUGCUAUUAAGUCAAUUUCCCUAAGAGUAAAUUGACAGAAUUUGAAAACUUUAGUAUGUAUUUUUUUAUAUAUGUACUGCAUCCAUGUAAUAAUAUAAUAAACAUAU